AAAAGAUACUGAAAUAAACUUUUUCCCUCAGAAGGUUUUGUAUUUAAACUUAAGCGUGACAUGUUAACAUUUUAAAGUAAAUUUAGUAAAAAAAUUCACCUACAGAAAAAAAAAAUGUUUCGGUUUUUAAGUUUGUUAUUAUUCUGUGGUGUUUAUGUCAUAGUGCUAGGGGAUGAUGCAGACGACAGGGCAAACGCAAAAGGUGGUCCCUUCUCCACAAUCAUAACAAAAAUGCAGAAAUGCAAGAAGACGGAUCUUCCUUACCAGGCCAAAGGUGAAAGGUCUGCCGAAAUAACGUACGAGCUUGGUGACCCUGGCGACAGAGCCUCCGGACCUUCGAUUAUAGGGAACUACACGUCACUCAAAGAGGAUCCUGAUCUAAAGAUGAACAUCACGGACUUCCAGCAGGUGAAGGGGAAAUGGGAGCCGAUAUACGGCGUGUUCGGCAUUAACUGCUACAAUCGGCUCGUAGCCAGAUUUGCCCGUAUCUUCCACGUCCGAUAUAACAAGCAGACUUGCGUGGUUCCGAAGGGCACCCAUAGAUUCAACGUGGAUUACGACGCGGUAGACCACGAGUUCCAAACGCGCAGGGUGUACGGAAAAGUGUUGAGGCGAGUGGUGGUCACUAGCAAGAAGAAGACAGUGAUAUGUCUGGAGAUCGAGGCCGAAGUUGCUCCUGGCGAAGAAAUGUAGUAUUGGUUAAAAUUGCAAAAUGUUUCAAUAAACGUACUCGUGUA